UGGUGCUAUUGUUAUCCUACGAUAUGCUUCAGUUCGAUUGGUGAAUUUUAAUCGCAAUUUUACUUUGAAUUUCUCAUUUCGUAGAAUAAAAUUCUCCAUCGAUCGGAGAGAAAUUUCACUCAAACACAUGGUGCUAAUUUGCAUAGUGCAACACUGCUGCGAAUUACUCAAAAAUUGAAAUCACCCAGUUUCUAAAAUUUUGCUUCUGUUUUGGUACAUUUUUGUUUUAAUUUUUUGAGUUUUUUGUUAUCGGGUCAUCGGGUGUUAAGUACAAGGUGAUAUUUUAUUAAUCGAUCGAUAAAUUAUCAUUUUCCUAUUAAGAACAGUCGCGGUUUCGGUAUCAUAUAUUGGAAUCAAUCGCAGCGUUGUCCAGACCAUCGUGUUAUCGACACUGAAUAAUUAUUAUAAACUUCGAAUGUAAUCGAAUAAUUUCAUACGUUUUGACGUUGCAAUCGUAAAAAUGGCCAGUACUAAAGAAGAAACCAGAGAAGAAGAGGAAGACGACGAUGAUAGCGUCGAAGAUCUCGUCUCCACUAUCAAUUAUAACACCAUUACUUCUAUGUCGGCGUUGAAAGAAAUCCUAGGAGCUGAUAGUCGUAACAGUAGCGAAGAUGUCUCCUGGUUUCAGCACUAUUUUCUCCGGCACGUGAAUCGUUUACCUUCCAGAAGCCAGUACCCUGGGCGAAGACUUUCCGAGUGUAAAGAAGAAGACGAAGGUUUAGAUGCAGAUGUUAAAACAGAACCACCUAAAGAAAGCGAACCUACGUCCAACGUCACCGAAAAUACACCAAGUUCAAAUAAACAGUAUUCCACCGCUAUCUCUAAAUCAUCGAGUUCAUCGACUCCUACAACUCCAUCUUCAUCUAUGCCUUCUAGUCCUCGUAAAACUCAUACGUACGAAACACCACCGACAUCACCUAAAGUCAGCCGAGGUACAUCGCCUCAUUUCGAUAAAAGAUUUUUCGAAGCCGGAUUAAUAGAGAUGAAAUCACAAGCCUCGUCUACGUCUACGCUCGAUGAUUCUUCCAACGACGAUGUUUGGGUGAAAAGAGUCGACCUCAGUGAUCUAGCCAGACAGAAAAAGGAAUUGGGUUCCCAGCCUUUACCUACUACGUCUCCUGGGGACGACGCUGAAGCUCUAGCCAGAGAAUACAGACAGCGAGCCGGUACCUGGAGCCAAACUCGAGGUUAUACGAUCAGCGGUCAGAAUAUCCCUCCACAGUUACUAAAAGCACUAAAGACUCGAGCUCUAUCUCGCGAAAGACGUAAAUCGGACGAAGAAUUAUCGCCAAAGGUUCGAAAAGGAAAAUCAUCUCAGUCUCCUUCGCGUAAAUCUGGUGGAGGACUGUUUUUAGACGCAUUUCGUCCGCGUUCAAAAUCAGAUGCAACGUCCAAAGGCAAAAAGACUAAUUUGAUCUCACAAAUGAAAAACGCCGUACAGAAUUCGUUGAUGUCGCCGAGUUCGAGCGGACGUAGUAGCGCGAGCGGUUCUACGUCCUCGUCCGAAGCUGACCCAGCGAAAAACCGCGGUCUACCUCUAUCCGAAGUUACCGGUCGGAUUCGAUAUGCUAGUAUCUCGGAAAGCUCUAGGCCAAGAGCCGUAUCCGAUAGUGUUAACAACAAAGGACCCGUAUCCAAAGUCAUGGAUUUAUUUAGAAAUCGUUCGAAUAGCGCAGUCAGCGCCGAAGAGAAACGUCGAGCGAGAGCAGCGGUCACCUACCAUCAGCACGAUGUUCCAUCGCACGGCGCACUAUUGAGAAGAGGAUCGUUGGAUCCUGACAGAAGACGAUUGUCAUUGGGCACCGUUCCGCAUCGAGGAUCAGAUGUAGGCCUGGAUCCGAAUCAUGCUGCUAUUUUAUUCCGCGACUCUAGAGGCUUGCCUGUUGCUGAUCCAUUCCUAGAAAAAGUUAACCUCUCUGAUCUCGAAGAAGACGAAAGUCAAAUAUUCGUGAAGUUCUUCAAAUUUCAUAAAUGCUACGAUUUAAUUCCUACCAGUGCCAAGUUGGUUGUAUUCGACACGCAGUUGUUAGUAAAGAAGGCAUUUUUCGCUCUCGUUGAUAAUGGAGUUCGAGCAGCUCCGUUAUGGGACAGCGUCAAACAACAGUUCGUCGGCAUGUUAACCAUUACUGAUUUUAUUAAAAUUUUACAAAAGUAUUAUACUUCGUCGAACGUAACCAUGGAUGAAUUGGAAGAACAUAAGUUGGCUACGUGGAAAAAGGCGUUACCGGAGCAAAACUGUGAGAUGAUAAAUAUCGGGCCGGAUGUGUCGUUAUACGAUGCAAUUAGAGUUUUAAUACAUAACAGAAUCCAUAGGUUACCAGUCAUUGAUCCGUAUACCGGCAACGUAUUAUAUAUUCUCACCCAUAAACGUAUAUUACGGUUUUUAUUUUUAUACAUUAAUGAUUUACCAAAGCCGAGUUAUAUGAAUAAGACAAUAAGUGAUCUCAAAAUAGGUACUUACGAUAAUAUAGAAACAGUAGCCGAAGAUACGACUAUUAUUUUGGCUUUGAAAAAAUUCGUCGAAAGGAGAGUGUCGGCUUUGCCUGUCGUAGACGAAAAAGGUCGAUUGGUCGAUAUAUUCGCCAAAUUCGACGUUAUUAAUUUAGCGGCUGAAAGGACUUACAAUAAUUUAGAUAUUACUCUGAAAAAAGCCAACGAACAUAGAAACGAAUGGUUCGAAGGUGUGCACAGGUGUCAUAUUACUGACACGUUGUACACUGUUUUGGAAAAAAUUGUGAGAGCUGAGGUUCAUAGACUGGUAGUUGUGGAUAAGGAGGAAAAAGUAAUCGGAAUUAUUUCUCUAUCGGAUCUGCUGGUUUUCUUGGUCCUUAGACCGUGUGGAGAUGACAAAAUUAAAAAUGGAGUUGAUGCUGAAAGCGCUAGUGUUGAUAAAAGUGAAACUUUAACGCCGUCCAUAGUGAUACCAGAUGAAAUGGAUGCUCCUCCAUCUUCUAGUCAGUUAGUUACUCCAGCUAAUGAAUCAGCCUGUUGGAGAGAAGUUGCUGUAUCUGGAGGCGAAUGAUUUACAAACUGAUUUGCAUCUUUGAUGCAGGAGGUCUCAAGAUUUACUCGUUGGAUACUGUAAUUCUUUUUUAAAACGAAGUAUUGGAAUAGUUUAAUAUAUUAAUUGUGAUAUGUUGAAAUAAUUUUUAUUUUAUCUGUCUUCAAAACGGUGAUAUUUUUGCCUAUAGUAUUUAACUGUGGUAAAAGAUUUUCCUAAUUUUCAUUGUAUAAGAUUGUAUCUAUUUUACUGAAGAAGAACUUUUUGAGAAAAAACAAACGAGCAAAACGUAAGUUAUAUAAGCUCGCCAGCUUAAAGCUCAAUAUAUUGAAAAAAAAAUUGUGAAAGCGUUCGUGCAUAACGAGGCUGUAUCUUUGGUUUGUUAUACUAAAAUGUGUUCAUGUUCCUGUUCAACGAAACAACAGAAGACUCCGAGCGAGAUUCACGUACCUACGUGUUGUUAAAAGAAAAAAGAGUUUCGUAAUUCGUAUGAUUAGAAAAACGUACCUACGCAGUACAAAAUAUUUAUUUCAAAUUUUGUCGAUGUGUGUCUAGAUGCCUCGAAUUUUCUCCUAGAAUUUUUGUAUGUAAUUUAUUGCUCAGAUUUGACUAACAAUCGGUUUGAUUGCGCAAUGUGAUUCUUUUUGUAAAUUUUUCGUUCAAUUUUGCGAGUUGCCCUUGCCCCGCGUAUGGCGUUACCAUGUCGUAGACAAGGUCAGUUUAUCACGUUACCAGGCGAAUUUCCCCUUUUUUAGCGGAGUACUUUUUCUCGUCAAUUUGUAUAAUUUUUUUUUUUUAAUAUUAUUUUUACAAGUGCAAAAUGUCGAAUCUGUUGUUCUAGUCUUUGUUUUUGUACCGGCUCAGUCUUCCUUAUUGUCGAGCCUUUGAUACAGAUUUUUUUUUCGUGUACCCAAAUCGACCGUUGAACAGCAGAAUGGUAGUUACCGUAAUAUAUCCCCAAUUAUUUAUUGUUUUUUUUUCGAUUAGAAUGCGAAAAGUCAUUAAGAGAGGAAUUUGUGUUCUUUUAAAUAAAAAAUUAUACAGGAUUAAUUCGACGCAUCGUGUAAAAGUUUUGCAUUUUGAAGCAAAUAUUUUUUUUUCAUAUGCCAGGGAAAGCAGCGUAGCGAUGAACGAGAUUAUAAUUUUUAAUGCAAUAUAUUAAUUUAUAUUAUUUAUAACAAGUAAUUUUAAUGUCGUUAUCUUUUUACCGUUCUUAUUUGGUAUCGUGUAAGUUUUAAAGUGAAAUGUAUUAUUACUGUUAUUGUUGUUUUUUCUUUUUUUCUUUCUUUUUUUUUUUUACUUAUACGAUUAUUUUAAUUUUAUUUUAUAUUUAUAUUUCCUUUUAAAUGUUAUGUACCUAAUUGCGAUUUUUUUUCUUAAAGUACAAAAAUUAUUUUGCAAUUUUUAAAAAUAUACUUGUUUACUUA